AUGGACCAUUUCACACGGUUUGCCCAGGCUUAUCCCUGCAAAAACAAAACAGCCAAAACAGCUGCAGAGAAAAUAUUUGGGGAUUUUGUUUUGAAGUUUGGUUUUCCCACAAAGCUGCAUCAUGACCAGGGAAAGGAGUUUGAAAACAAAUUAUUCGCAUCACUAGAGAAGUAUAGUGGGGUCAAGGGGUCAAGAACAACGCCAUACCAUCCGCAGGGAAACUGUCAAGUUGAAAGGUUCAACAGGACACUACUUGCUAUGCUGAGGAGUCUGCCAGAAAUUGAAAAAAGAGAUUGGAAAUCUUCUUUAUCAAAAGUGGUCCAUGCAUACAAUUGCACACGCAGUGAAGCUACUGGCUAUGCUCCCUACUUCCUCUUAUUUGGUCGUCAGCCCCGGCUCCCGAUCGAUCUUAUGUUUGGUCUCAGCGAAAAGAACCAAAGCUCUUCUCACCAGGACUAUGUAGAAAAAUGGAGGACAAGGAUGAGUGAAGCCUAUCAGUUGGCAUCCAGAACAGCCAGUAAGCAGGCGAUGAGAGGGAAGGCUCACUUUGAUAAGAAAGUGCAUGGAGGGGAGUUGUAUCCAGGUUGCCGAGUGCUUGUUAGGAAUCUGAAUGAGAAGGGAGGACCAGGAAAAUUAAGAGCAUUCUGGGAAGAUAAAGUGUACAUUGUUAAAGAAAGAAAAUAUCAGGACAGCCCUGUGUAUGAAAUUCACCCAGAAAGUGGAAAAGGGCGAAUCAGGACCAUCCACAGGAAUCUGCUGCUUCCAUGCGAUUUCCUUUCAACAACAGAACCAAAAGUAACCACUCAACCUAAAAGACCAAAAAAAGAAAAAGAGGAGCAGAGACAUGCAGAUAGCUCAGAUGAUGAAGAAGACUGGGAAGCCAUCAUUCAUGCACCUCUACAGCAUCACAACAUGGAGUCAGAUCAACUCAUCGAGAGUCAGCUGAGAGCGGAGGCACCAGAGUUCCACCCACACAACGAGGACAUGCAAAGGGACUGCAUAGCUGAUGGUGGUGGACCAGUGCAGCAACCAACUCUUGGUGAGGACAUGGAAGGACUAGGAGAAGACUUUCAUCCAGAGAACAUGAACAGUGGAGAUGAGUCUCACCAGUCAGCUGACAGUGACCCAGAAGAGACUGACACAUCACCCCGCAGGGUGAGAAGCUCCACUUAUCUUACUGAGAUGCACUGGACUGCAGUGACAACGCUUCGCCACCAGGGGGCACAUGGAGCACGGUGAGCAGCACUCCUGACUCAGCGAGCCAACGGCAGUUAAGCGUAGC